UGAAAUUCAAUGCUGGAAUGCUUCAAGUAAAACUACAUUUGACAGUGAAAAGGUUUAGAGUUACUGACAUAAGGAUAUACUCUGCUUUUCGAAGGUAAUUAUAUCCCUUGAACUUGUCCAUGUUUUGACAUUUUACAGUUGUUAACCUGACUAUAUCUUCUUUGGAAAUUAUGUCACAUACAUAUGAAAAGUAUGACAUUUUUAUAAAGUGGAAGCUUAAGAAUACAUAGAAAACAGUUGUUACUCUGUGUCCAGUCUUCACCAGUCUAAUAUCCCUAAAUUAAGUAAUUUAGACUAAUUGCCUCUUUCAGCUAUUAUGUAAAGGCCUCAGUGCUUUGUUACAGGAAAUUUGUGAACAAGCAGCAUGAUGAAGGCCAAGGAACAAAACAAAUAGUUCAGGGAAGACGUUUAGAGAAGCUUAAAACAACAUUAACACAAGCUUUGACUAUGCAAAAGUCCUUGUUUAAGAAUGAAUAGACAUGUCACAAUUGCAAACUUUCUUAAACAUACCUAAACUAACAGGCCAGACAUGACAACAACAAGAGAUUAAAUCAGAAACAAUAAAAAGUGACUCUGGAGGAACUGCAGAGGUCCAGAGUUCAGAUAAUGCAAUCUGUUUACAGAACUACUACAAAUCUUUCUUUAUUUAAACGACGUGGAGGAAAAACCAUACCAUGGUAGUACUUUUAACUAGGACAGGAAAGCUGGUUAGAAAGUAUGGGAAUGUAUGUGGAACUAAAUAUAAGCUCAUGCAGGAUGUUGUGAAGGGGGAUGCAUCAGGACAAUGACUCCAAAUGUAUAUCUUAUGUCUCAGCGCAUUUCUAUGCAUUAGUCAAAGUCCAGACAAAAGUCCAAUUAAGAAUCUCUCAUCUGGUUUUUAACAUCUUCAAAUCUAACUAAGCUUGAGCUAUUUUCCAAAAAAGACUCAGCAAAAAGGAUUAGCUAUCUAAAUUUACACCACACUUUUCAGAUUCAUAGUUGUUGAAGCUCUUGAAAAGCAUUUUCCCGUUUACCUCAAAACUAUGCACUUCAGUGGUGGAAAUGUGGCCAAGUAUAUAAACGUUGAAGAGAUGUAACGACUUUUGCAAGACACUGUGAGUUCCAGUUGCUUUGUUUUUCAUUGUUUUCUGCUCUCUCCCUAAAGUUGGUCCACAGUUCUUUCAAAAGAUGCAGCGUGAAGACCUGUCUGCUAGAGAAGAGUUCACCUACAGCCGCACGCCCACACUGGAGAGGAGCAAUGGGACACUGGGGCGGAGGGGCGACAGGAGUCUGGAGAGAAGGCCAGACCGGGGGGAGAGGGACAGGCCAGAGCGUGACAGCUAUACAGUGGACGUGAGGGCCAGUGACCUGCAGCUGGCCCAGCCGGAGCCUCUAAAGCAUCCCUGCUUCAGCUACAGGGCCUGGCUCUACAGUGUCCUCAUAGGGGGGAGUCUGCUCAUCACAUCUGGUUUCUCCCUAUACCUGGGAAAUGUCUUUCCUGUUGCCAUGGACUACUUGCGCUGUGCUGCAGGCUCAGGUAUCCCCGCAGCAAUAGCAAGCUUUGCUAUUGCCAAGAAACGACAUGUGGCAGUGUCAGACUUCCAGGUUGUCUACGUGUCGACAUUUGCCGUGACGACCACCUGUCUUGUCUGGUUUGGCUGUAAACUGGUCUUGAAUCCUUCUGCCGUCAAUAUAAACUUCAACCUGAUCUUGAUGAUUGUGCUGGAGGUGUUGAUGGCCACCACCGUCAUACUGUCGGCCCGCUCUGCAGACGACUGCUGCUGCCACAGAAAGUCCUAUGACAGACCUGUGGUAGUAAAACCUGCAGUGUUCCCCACUCGACUCCUUAAAGCAUAUUCUGUUAUUGAAGUCAUUGUGGGAAUCUCUGCCGUGUUCGGAGGGAUUAUCGCCCUCAACAUGGACGCUCUGCUUCCUGGUCCAUACUUGUCUGUCACAUUUUUCUGGAUUCUUGUAGCUUGUUUCCCAAGUGCAAUUGCCAGUCAUGUUGUGUCAGAAUAUCCUAACAAAUGUCUGGUGGAGGUGCUGAUUGCCAUCAGCAGCGUGACGUCUCCCCUCCUCUUUUCAGCCUCGGGUUUUCUUUCCAGCAGUGUGAUCAGUUUUAUUGAUAUUUUUCUGCAUGACGUGCCUACAGCCAAGCAAUCCUAUGACAUCCUGCUGUUGAUUCUGAUGGUGCUGCUGCUGGUGCAGGCAGUACUUACUUCAGCCACUGUGGUGCACUGUGCAACAUACAAGAGUCGGCUCCGCCUGGGGGCUCUAGAGUGUGAGGACAGCUCACAGACUGCAACUCAUUACCACGAGCAGCAAACGCCCAAUGGGACGCUGCAGGAUUACGACAAAGACAGAGCCUGGAAGGCAGUUUUGGUCCAAAUGGCCCAGUGAGAAAUCUUGUCUUGUCUACAAAGGUUUGCCUUGCAGAAGGAGAAAUCAGAGAAGGGAACGAUGAAGAAAACCCCAUAAGAAUGAGAAAAACAAAAGAAAUGACCCAGAAAAGUGGAGCUGAAAAUAAAGAACAAAAGACUAAUAAGAAAGUCUUUAAAAGUUUUGUUGUUGCUUUUCUUCUUUUUCACUUGCAUAAAAAUGUUGUGGGCAUUUUUGUUUCUGUUUUAGGGAUUUUUUUUUUGUACCAUUAAUUAAUUGUAACUAUUUUUUAGAAAUUAUUUUAUCAGAAAACAUCAUUUUAAAAAACUUUAUUAUUAAGAAUGUAUAAUAAUCAACUGAGGCAAAUGGUUCUGUAGCUUGAGUCCACAUAUAGCUCAUCAUUAGACGUUUGAAAUUACACUUUGAUGCAUACAAUUUUUUUUUUCCUCAGCUGAAAGAAUGAUUUCAAAAGUUCUUCUGUAAUGUGAUAUAUACAUAUUUAUAAUGAUGUUUACUGAUUUUCUUAUUUAGAAUAAUGACUCAUAAUAUAUCUUAGCAGAUUUUGUUCUUCUUUGUCCUUGUGGUUUGAGACGUUGCAACUUUUUUAUUACAAAGUAGCUGAUCUGUUAUUGUGGACACAAAGAUCUGAUGCAAAGCGAAAGGGCUGAAAUGAUUUUUUCAAAUAAAACUUGUUUGGAAAUUAUUGAGGUAAUUUGGUGCCAGUUUAAUCAUCCUGUUAAGACUAAAUGUCUGCAAAUGCCCUCUGUUGUUUAAACUGUCAAAAAAAAAACACAAAAAACCACUUUUUUUUUUCUGGCUGUCUUUAUUUGAGCUAAACGUUUUCUGCCAAGAAUAUGAUUUUUUUAAUGCCAGAAUAAUAAGAAAUAGAUCAUUUGUAUUAUCUAUUUGAAAUCAAAACAUUAAACACACUUAAGAUUAAUGUGUCUUUAGACCAUCUAGGGAAGCUCAGAUGAUGAUAUUAUGUAUUAUCUCAAGGCAUAGGCCAUUGUUUGUCAGGACAUUGUUCUGUUCACAGAGCCAACUCUGGUCUAAAAAGUGUUUGACCUCUUACAGAUUUCUUCUGUUUUUUGUUUUGUUUUUGGUUUUUUGGGGGUUUUUUGGGUCAAACGUAAAAAUUUCCAAUCGCCAAAAAAAUUAUUUUGAAUAAAGACAACAUGAGUAAAUACAAAGA